CCACCGACAAGAUGACCAAGAUCAACACCUCUCUGUCUUCUUCCAGAAGAAAGUCGCGCAAGGCGCACUUCUCUGCCCCUUCCAGCGUCCGCCGCACUAUCAUGAGCGCCCCUCUCUCCAAGGAGCUCCGUGAGAAGUACAACGUCCGCUCGAUCCCCAUCCGCAAGGACGAUGAGGUCACCAUUGUCCGUGGCUCCAACAAGGGCCGCGAGGGCAAGGUUACAUCUGUCUACCGUCUCAAGUGGGUCAUCCACGUCGACCGCGUCGCCCGUGAGAAGUCCAACGGCCAGUCCGUUCCCCUCGGCAUCGCCCCUUCCAAGGUCGUCAUCACCUCCCUCAAGCUCGACAAGGACCGUGAGGAGAUCCUUGCCCGCAUCGCCAAGGGCCGUGAGCUCAACAAGGAGAAGACCCAGAAGGCUUAAAUGUGAUAAGAGUUUGAUACCCCAUCUUGUCGUAUGAAACCUCAAAAGCUUUGCUGUCUCUCCAAACCUUUUCUCUCCCUCUCUGGCUUUACAUCGCAGAGAACGACCGAACCAAAUCCUGCUUCAUUCCUCCUCCCUUUUUUCUUCUAGCGCGUUCCGGGGUUUUCACUUUCCUCAUUGGCAAAUGGGGAUUCAUCAAAUCAAAUGGUUUAUGAGGAGGUUCGAUCAACACAAAUGUCGGCAAUGAAUUCAAAACAUUCAAAAUUGACAUGUCCAUUGUCCGACCGCAAAACGAGAUAUGAGAAGUCUUCUCUUUUCGAAUCUCACCAGUGACUGACCAUCUUUUCUCCCUCUCUCCUCUCCUCUCAUUUAUAUCCGUUCUUCUCUUUCCUUUACCA